AAAGAGCACAUAUCAAACCGAACUAUUAUCUGAUACUAUAACCGAGAUGAUUUUUUUAGUCUAUAAGCCGGGAAGGUUGUAGGACUGCGCGAAGAUUUAGUAUAGCCCUACAACGGUUCGUGGGUCAUAUCUCGUGAGUCAGAAGUCGCGAAAGAUGGAGAGGCCGAUGAAUACGUAUGCUGACAAUAGAGACCCAAGACCUAGUACUAGCCGUCAGUCGGUUGAAAAAAUUGAGGUCUUCGAGGUCCGCGAACAUGUUCCCUACCAGGCAGAAGUGACCAGGGCUCCAACUGCUUACGAUGAGGAAAGUGGUGAAAUGUAUACUUCGUGGGAUUCCGCGUGGAGAGCUAUAUGUCAGAUGUUCAAUUUGUUGCACCAUAUGCAGAUUGCUAUAGUGGUGUUCUGUUUGUGGCACUUCGCUCUGACUUCGGCACCAGAUGGAGGCAUCACCAAUAUGCAGCUUCACAUCAUAUUUGCUGGAACUGGUUAUCAACUGUUCCUGGCAGAAGCUGUUCUCACACUUCACAAACACAACUCGUGGUCGUUCCAACUGUCACAAGAUUCAAAACGUAUAGUCCACGGAUGUUUGCAGCUUGCCGGCUCUUUGUUUGUUCUAGCAGGGACAUUCCUAGCACUGUCUGAAGUGGAGAUGAAUAUAGGGACGGCACAUGGCAUUUGUGGCGUUAUCGCGUUGGCGUUCACAAUAGUUAGUUUCAUCACAGGACUUGUCGCCCUCUUCUCGUCAAAAAUUCGUUUGAUGAUCAAGAGUGGACCGGUAAAGAUACUCCAUGUGGCUGUAGGUAUAUUUGCAUUAUCUAUGGGACUUAUCAGUAUGAUACUAGGUUUCAAUAGCGACUUCUUUAGUGCCACCCAAGGGGAUUUGAGUAUAGCACUUAUGAUUUUCACAGCACUAACAAUUUUAUAUACCAUUUUACAACCUGUAUACGAUAUUAUAGCUAUGUUGAAGAAUAUGCUGUGACUGAUCGAUCUAAAUGGAUCCACUUCAGAUGAAAGUGUUGCGUAGUUAUAAAUUGGAAUGUAAAAAAUAUAGGUUAUAAGAUUUUUACCACCAACGCAAGAGCAUUACACUUUCAGUA